AUGGUAGUAACCCCAGGAAACGGCAAUCCUCAGCCAGGUCGCCCUCCAACAAGGAGACCCCGAAAAAGAAAACAUUGCGAACAGCACCCGUUGGCGAAAUUCCAGAGCCUCCAGUACUGCAUGAUGACCUAUCCAAUUCCAAGCAGCACACCUCCACUCUGCCAACGGAUCCACAAGCGGAGAUGCUCCACUCUGCCAACGGAUCCACAAGCGGAGAUGCUAGGUCAAAAAUUGGGACAAACGCCAACCUAUCUGACCCAUGAUGGAAAAUCCUGGGUGAUUCAUGUCAAGCGGUGGUUACCAACGCCUUCUCGAGACGCCUUUCUAGCGGAAUGGAAUCUCCACCCCCAAAGUCGGCACGAAAUUCAAGUGUACGGAAAAAGUUGCUUGGAGAAGCGUUGGAGUCAAUCCUGGGGCUUCUCCUACAAGUAUAGUGGCAAUGUCAAUGCUGCCAGACCGAUUGAAGAAAGUACCGUGAUUCGGAGUUUGUUGGAUACCAUCAAUGGCUUGCUUCUUAUUGACGAGGAGGACAAUGCUAAAAACAACACACCACAAGAAGAGCGCCCUUAUAAUGGAUGUCUCCAGAACUGGUACACCCCCAAUGACCACAUUGGGUUGCACGCGGACGAUGAACGAAGCUUGAACGCAGCCUUUCCGAUUUGGAGCCUCUCUUGGGGAGGAACUCGACGCUUUUUACUGCGGCCCAAAAAGAGCAAGAAAAAGACGGCAGUCAACAACAACAACCACAUAAUAAUAUCCGACGAACCGAUCGAACUGUUGCUAGAGGAUGGCGACAUGGUCCUGAUGGGUGGCACUUGCCAGGAAACACACAAGCAUGAAGUCCCCAAGUUCCGCAAGACGAUGGAUCCCCCCACAUCGGACCGGAUCAAUUGGACCAUUCGUGCCUUUCAACCUUCCUCCUAA